AACAAAGAAAACACAAUGUUUCAGUUGUGGAGCCUUAUUGAGGUGUGAUAAAUAUACAUAUUAAUCAUCCAAAUAUUAUCUUUGUAAUAAAAGAUGUUCCUAGAUGUAACAGUGUUAUAAAGAUGUACAAAAGUUCAGAAUUCUGGCAUUAAUUCCUUGUUCUUCUUCCUCUCUCCUUCUCUAGGGGCUGGCAGGCAGCAGGUAAGGGGGUGGCCAGGUCACCUGUCACUGACCACAGAACGAUGACCUCUACAUCCACUCAGUCCUGGAGAUCACUGUACUCGCCUGUUCUUUCAGGGGGCACUUCAUGCAGUGGCAUAAGAGCAGCCCUCGUCACAUGGGCACAUAGCUAGGAGGUUGCUCUUGUGUGGUUACAGUAGGGAACUGCAUCAAGCGAGUGAGCUGCUCAGCAACAAGUCAAGGUUAAUCCACGUUCAAGAAGUAAAAAUAAUAAUAAGAAAACACACUUAACAGCUGUGGAUCCUCCCUCCACAGCUCAGACAUUCUAGUUCUUCUUUUUUCUGUUUGCGUAUCAGAAUGGCGCUAUGCUGCCUCAAGACCCUUCAUCAGGACUGGGCGGGACAACCCUGAGAGAUCCCUUGCUUCAUGACCACACAUGUGCUGUCUAAACUGAUGUCUGAUUCUGUGUCUUUCCCACAGUGCCAUCGUGUCAGCCACUCUGAAGUGUCUGAUGAAGUUUUACAACAUCACAGACGGCGAUCUACCCAGACCAGUUCGGGCCAACUUCAUCUUGAAUGUGGAGACAGAGGAGCUGUUCAUCACCGCAGGGCUCCAGGAUAGGGUAGUGCAGGUCUACGAGGGGCUGGUGUACAUGGACUUCGGCAAAGAGCUCAUGGAGGGGAAAGGCUAUGGUAUUCAGUCUUCGCACUGGGCCGUCUGGUUGCUCUCGACACAAAGAUGUAGUCAAAUCAAGCAGGCGUGCUUUAGCUCAGUCGGAUAUCCAGACCGAUCUGGUUCAAUCAGUUUUGAUUUUAUCUUUUGCCAUUUCCACUCACGUGCCCUCUGCAAGCACUUUCCAGGUACGCAGUGUUGAGGCCGCUCAGUGUGUUUCUUUCCCCCAGGAGAGUACAUCCCUAUGGACAUGAACUGCCUACCUCCACUCUGGCUGGCAUACCUGGGAGAUCCCAGCGACUCCGGCCGGAUCCACAGCAAUGU